AUAAAAAGCUGGAAAAAAAUUUUGAUUCGCUCAAUAUUAUUUCAGAAAAAAAUUUAUUCUUUUAAUUUUUGCAAGAUUUAUUAAAAAAAAUGUUUAAACCUUUAAUUCUUGUUUGUGCCUUUCUUUUGGCGGGGGCUGUUAUCGCUGAAAAUACAGGACCCCAAACGGAAAACCAUGAGGAGAAUCCAAGUGUAGUUGAGGAAAUUAAAAACAAAGUUGUGGGAGUUGUUAAUGAAGCAAUUCGCCAAGUCACUGAUUAUCUUCAUGAAGUGCAGGAAAAGACGGCAGAAAUUAUUAAAAAACUUAAAGAGGAAGCGAUGAAAGUGACAAAAUCUGUUUACGAUAAAAUUGUUGAGGCACAACAAAAAGUCAAAUCCGAAGUUGAUAAGGCAAUAAAGGAGGCAAUUAAUUACAAUGUAACAGAAUGCGCAGAGAUGGCAAAGGCAUUUGACGACACUGGCGUUCAGGCAAUGGCGGAAGUUUCACGUUGCGUCACUGAUGUAAUGGAGGACGCCGAUGGUUACACGGAAAAUAUGAAACACAGCGCCGAUGUUGUUAUGAGAAAUUUAACUGUCAUUAAAGACGAGGCAGAGAAAUGUGUGGAAAAUGUCAAUAAUAUCGGAUCAGCAACCAAGGCAUUUAUUUGUGUCAAUGUGGCUGCCGCUAAAGGAACGUGGGCAGCAACGAAAAAUGUUCCUGCAUUAUUGGGAGACUUGGGAAAACUAACGUGGAAAAUAACGACAUUAUUACCGGAAUUAACAGUCUGCUCGACAGUCAAUGGCGUUAAGAAAGUUAACGAUGGAUCGCAAAUUGUCGUCGAGAAAGUCCGCGAAUGCAUUAAAGCCAGAAAGGAACUUGCUGAAUCACAAAAAGUUGAAUGAAUCCGAUUUAUGACAACUAUCCGAGUUCAAAAAUUAAUUGUAAACGACGUAGAGUAAAAUUGUAAAUUAAUAAUUAAGUAAAUAGAAAUAAUUAUAAGUUACUUUUCAAAUAA